AUGAUUAGAAAAAGCAAAACACAAAAUUCAUCUUGUAUUAAUAAUAAUAAUAAAUCAACAAAUUGUUCAAUUAAAUCAAGUACAAUUGAUAAUUCAAGUUUAUUAGAUAACAAUGAAUUUGAAAAACUUGUUGCAUCAAUUGAUCAGGAUAAAUUAUAUGCACAAAUGAUAAAUAAAAAUAGUAAAAAAAUGAAUAAAAUUGUUGAUGAAAAAAUGACUGCAAAUGAAGAAAAAAUAAAUAUUCCAUUGAUUAAAAAUAACGAAGGAGAAAUGUUAUUGAGAUUUUAUUGGCUUGAUGCUAUUGAAGAUCCUCAAAAUAAACCAGGUGUUGUAACACUAUUUGGUAAAAUAUAUAUUAAUAAAACAAAAACAUAUGAAUCAUGUUGUGUAAUUGUUAAAAAUAUACCAAGAAGAAUAUAUUGUUUACCAAGAGAAAAAGUUAAAAAAAAUAAAUUAAAUGACAAUGAAUAUGAAAAUAAUACAAUGGAAAAAGUUUAUGAGGAAUGGAAUGCUGAAGCAACAAAACGACGUAUAACAAAUUAUCGUUGUAAAAAAAUUUUAAAAAAUUAUGCAUUUGAUCGUGAAGGAACACCAUUACAAUCAGAAUAUCUUGAAGUUAGAUAUCCAGCUGAAUUUCCACCAAUUGAAUCAACAUAUUCUGGUGAAACAAUUGAACAUAUAUUUAAUACAACAGUUAAUCCAUUAGAGUUAUUUUUAAUUGAACGUGAAAUAAAAGGACCAUGUUGGCUUGAAAUAAAAUCACCAAUACAAACUGAUAAUUUUAAUACAUGGUCAAAGUAUCAAGUAAAUUGUUUAAAAAUGGAAAAUAUAAAUGUUUAUAAUUCAAAUGAUAAUAAUAAUAAUUUAAAUAUUCCAUAUGUAUCAAUGGCAACAAUGAAUAUUCGUACAACAUUAAAUUCAAAAACACAACAAAAUGAAAUAACAAUGAUUGGUUUAUUGUCAAAUAAAAAUUAUCAUAUUGAUAAGCCACCAUUAAGACCACCAUUUGAUAAUCAUUGUUGUUUUGUUACAAGACCAAAAGAUACACAAUGGCCAUUAUAUGCACGUGAUAAAAUUAAAAAAUUUCAAGAAACUACAAUAAUUUUUUGUGAAACAGAAAUUGAAUUACUUGAAAAAUUUCUUGAUAAAUAUCAAUCAAUUGAUCCAGAUUUUAUAAUUGGUUAUGAUUGUGGUUUUCAAUUUGAUGUAUUAAUACGUCGUUUGACAAAUUUAAAAAUUAAAAAUUGGAUGCGUACAAGUAAAUUAAAAGGUACAUUUAAUGUAUUUAUAAAUGGUAAAGUUAAUUUAUCACGUUCAUUUUGUGGUAGAGCAAUAUGUGAUGUACAAACAGCAGCUAAAGAAGUUAAUUUAAAAGUACGUAAUUAUGAUUUAGAUACAUUAUGUUCAACAGUAUUAAAAACAAAAACAAAUACAAUUAUUGAUAUUAAACCAUGUGAUUGUCCAAAUUUUUAUAAUGAAAUUAUAAAAAUAAUUGGUUUAAUUAAAAUAACAAUGAUGGAAGUAAAUUACAUAUUAUCAUUAAUAUGUGAAAUGAAUAUAAUACCACUUGCAUUACAAAUAACAUGUAUUGCUGGUAAUGUAUUAUCACGUACAUUAAAUGCUGGACGUUCAGAAAGAAAUGAAUAUUUAUUACUUCAUGCAUUUCAUAAAAAAGACUAUAUAACACCUGAUCGUAAAUUAAAUAUUAAAUCAUCAAAUGCUAAUUCAAGUAAAGCAAAAUCAGCAUACAUUGGUGGUCUUGUACUUGAACCACAAAGAGGUUUUUAUGAUCAGCUUGUAUUAUUGAUGGAUUUUAAUUCACUCUAUCCAAGUAUAAUACAAGAAUAUAAUUUAUGUUUUUCAACAAUACCUGGUAUAUGUUAUCGUGAUAAUAUUGAUCCAAUUAAAGAUUUACCAAAUGAUGAUGUUGAAUUUGGUAUUGUACCAACACAAAUUCGUAAACUUGUUGAAAGUCGUCGUGAAGUUAAAAAACUAUUAAAAACACCAAAUUUAACAGCUGAAUUAAAAAUGCAAUAUAAUAUACGUCAACUUGCAUUAAAAUUAACAGCAAAUUCAAUGUAUGGUUGUCUUGGUGCAUCACAUUGUCGUUUUUAUGCUAAACAUUUAGCUGCAUUAGUUACAACAAAAGGACGUGAUAUAUUACAAAAUACAAAAGCUCUUGUUGAAAAAUUAAAUUAUCAAGUUAUUUAUGGUGAUACUGAUUCAAUUAUGAUUAAUAGUAAAAUUAUUAAUUAUGAUGAAGCAUAUGGAAUUGCUAAAAAAAUUAAAAUUGAAGUUAAUAAAUUAUAUAAACAGAUUGAACUUGAUAUUGAUGGUUUAUUUAAAUAUAUGUUAUUAUUAAAUAAAAAAAAAUAUGCUGCUGUGUCAAUAAAUAAAUUGCCAAAUGGAAAAUAUCAAUAUGAAACUGAAAUAAAAGGUUUAGAUGUUGUUAGAAGAGAUUGGUGUCAAUUGGCAUGUGAUACUGGUAAAAAAAUAAUUGAUCAUAUAUUUAUGGAUUUAACAAUUGAAGAAAAAACAUGUAAAAUACGUGAGCUAUUAAAUCAAAUUGCAAAUGAUGUUAAUAAUAAUAAAUUACCAUUAUCAUCAUAUGUUAUAACAAAACAAUUAUCUAAAAAUCCAAAAGAUUAUCCUGAUAAUAAACAGCCACAUGUUGCAAUUGCAUUGAGAUUAAAUAAAGAAGGUGGUAGAAUGUGGAAAAAAGAUGAUACUGUACCAUAUAUUAUUUGUUUAGAUACAACAACAAGAACACCAACAGAACGUGCAUAUCAUAUUGAUGAAUUUAAAAAAAAUGAUGAAUUAAAAAUUGACAUUGAUUAUUAUCUUAGUUGUCAAAUUAUACCAGUUGCUGAAAGAAUAACACAACCAAUACCAGAACUUGAUGGUGGUUUUCUUGCUGAAUCACUUGGUAUUAAAAAUUAUAAAAGUAAAAAUACGGCAAAAAUGAAUCAAGCAAUUAAUAAUAAUGAUGAUGAUGAUAAUAAUACAGAUGAAGAUGAUUUAAAAAAAUAUGAAAAUUGUGAAUCAUUUAAAUUUACUUGUAGAAAUACAACUUGUGGUGCUGUUAAUGAAGUUAGAAGUUUCAUGAGAGAGGAUAAUGUUGGAUUAAAAAAACCAGUAAUGCUUGAGUGUAUUAAUAAAAAAUGUAAAUUACCACCAUGGAAAUAUGUUGAUGUUAUUAAAAAUGAUUUACAAACUACAAUUAGAUUAAAAAUACAACGAUAUUAUGGUCCAACAAUUCAAUGUCAAAAUACCGAGUGUUUAAAAAUUUGUAAGAGAUUUGGUAUAGGUAAUGCCGAUAAAUCACCAACAUGUAUCAAGUGUCAAAAAGUUGGUAUGAUUCAAGAAUACACUGCUGCUGAUUUUUAUAAUCAACUUGAAUUUUAUGAACAGCUAUUUAAUUCGUCUAAAGAGGAUUCAACAAAAGAUCAACGUCAACUUAAAUUAAACUAUCCAGUUGAAAUGAUUAAUGCUUGUAAUUCACUUAAUCAAUUUGUUGAAAAUUAUUUAAAACACAAUGCAUAUACAGCUAUUAAUUUUGAUAGUUUAUAUUUUUUUACAAAAAAAAAAUGCUGGGAUCCAAGUUCAUAUCAGAAAGCGGUUUAACAAAAAAAAAAAA